AUCAAAGUGUAGAGAGAGAGAGAGAAAAAAAAUUAAAAGAAAGUGAGGGUAGUUUGUUGCCAAGUUUAGUUGCAAGGAGCCUUCCAAAAAAGAAAAAAACAAUUAAAAUUUAAAAAAGAGGAAAAAAGAAGCAGCAAACCCUAACCCUAAAGCUUCAAAUGAUUCAUUUUCGCUGCUGCUGACCAGUAGGGGUUUUGUUGUUUUUGUUUAUCUUACACAACAGGAACGAAUGCAAUUUAAACUUCACUUUUUACGGUUAUUUAUUGUCAAAUUAACCUCUUUUUCAAUCUGCUGUAGUGAUUGAUCCUUUGUUAAGCUAUUUUCACUUUGCUGAGAAUUAGGGUUUAGUUCUUAUGAGCUGCUGGGUUAUAAUAGGCUAACUGUUCUGAUUAAUUGGGUAUUUUUGAAUUUUUGUUUACUUGCUUGGUUAUUGGUGAAUUGGGUGUUUGCUGGGUUGGUAAAGAAGUCAGCUUUCUGAUGUUGAAGUACUUAUAAAGUGGUUUGGACAAGAAUUAGUUUCUGGGUAUUUGAUCGAGCAUUAUAGUGGAGCAUUUGGGACUUAGGCUGUCCAGUGCUUGUGAAUUAGGUGCGCCCUAGCUUUUACAUUGAACUGUUGCGCUGGAGCGUUUAGGGGUCCCGGGGACAAUGUCUUCUUUGAGUAGGGAAUUGGUGUUUCUAAUACUGCAGUUUUUGGAUGAAGAGAAAUUCAAGGAAACCGUUCAUAAGUUAGAGCAAGAGUCUGGCUUUUUCUUCAAUAUGAAGCAUUUUGAGGAUCAAGUUCAAGCUGGCGAAUGGGAUGAGGUCGAGCGUUAUUUGUGUGGGUUCACAAAGGUCGAAGACAAUCGCUACUCCAUGAAAAUUUUCUUUGAAAUCAGGAAGCAGAAAUAUUUAGAAGCUCUAGAUAGACAGGAUCGGGCAAAGGCUGUUGAGAUUCUCUGCAAGGAUCUUAAGGUUUUUGCUUCCUUCAAUGAAGAACUGUUUAAGGAGAUAACCCAGUUGCUUACUCUUGAUAAUUUUAGGCAAAAUGAGCAGCUUUCAAAAUACGGAGAUACGAAAUCGGCUCGAAGUAUCAUGCUUGUGGAACUUAAAAAGCUUAUUGAAGCAAAUCCUCUGUUCCGAGACAAGCUUACAUUCCCAGCCUUCAAGAGUUCCCGGCUGAGGACCUUAAUAAACCAGAGUCUAAAUUGGCAGCACCAGCUUUGCAAGAAUCCCCGUCCAAAUCCUGAUAUUAAAACACUCUUCACAGAUCAUUCUUGCUCUCCAACCACUGCUAAUGGUGCUCGCCCUCCUCCUACGAAUAGUCCUAUUGUAGGACCAAUUCCUAAAGCUGGAGUAUUUCCUCCAAUUGGUGCUCAUGGCAUGCAGCCAUUUCAGCCGGUUGUUUCCCCAUCUUCUGGUGCUAUUGCUGGGUGGAUGUCAAGCAAUAAUCCUUCUAUGUCUCAUCCUGCUGUGGCAGCAGGCCCUCCUGGUCUAGUGCAGCCUUCUAGUGCAGCUGCCUUCUUGAAGCAGCACCAGAGGACACCCCCAGGUAUGACUGGGAUUGAUUAUCAAUCAGCAGACUCGGAGCACUUGAUGAAACGUAUGAGAACUGGCCAAUCUGAUGAGGUGUCCUUUUCUGGUGUAGCACAUACUCCCAAUGUCUAUUCGCCGGAUGACCUUCCCAAAACUGUUUUGCGGUCCCUCAAUCAAGGAUCUAAUGUUAUGAGCAUGGACUUCCAUCCACAGCAGCAAACUAUCUUGUUAGUUGGGACAAAUGUUGGGGACAUUAGCCUGUGGGAAGUUGGCUCCCGAGAAAGACUGGCACAUAAACCCUUUAAAGUGUGGGAUAUCUCAGUUGCUUCUAUGCCAUUGCAGACUGCAUUGUUGAAUGAUGCUGCAAUAUCAGUGAAUCGAUGCGUUUGGGGACCAGAUGGACUUAUGCUUGGGGUUGCAUUUUCAAAACAUAUUGUGCAGAUUUAUACUUACAAUCCAACUGGGGAACUGAGACAGCAUUUGGAGAUUGAUGCUCAUGUCGGUGGUGUUAACGACAUUGCAUUUGCUCAUCCCAACAAGCAACUGUGUAUUGUGACAUGUGGUGAUGACAAGAUGAUUAAGGUUUGGGACGCUGUUGCUGGACGCAGGCAAUAUACAUUUGAAGGUCAUGAAGCUCCUGUGUAUUCUGUCUGCCCUCAUUACAAAGAAAAUAUACAGUUUAUUUUUUCUACCGCAAUUGAUGGGAAGAUAAAAGCUUGGCUAUAUGAUUCGUUGGGAUCUAGAGUGGACUAUGAUGCUCCUGGACUUUGGUGCACCAUGAUGGCAUAUAGCGCAGAUGGAACUAGGCUUUUCUCAUGUGGAACAAGUAAAGAAGGCGAGUCUCAUCUAGUUGAGUGGAAUGAGAGUGAAGGAACUAUCAAAAGAACGUAUUCUGGUUUCCGGAAGCGCUCCUCUGGUGUUGUUCAAUUUGAUACAACAAGAAGCCGCUUCUUAGCUGCUGGUGAUGAAUUUCAGAUUAAGUUUUGGGAUAUGGAUAAUACCAACAUGUUGACAGCAGUUGAUGCAGAAGGGGGCUUGCCUGCAAGUCCAAGACUGAGAUUCAACAAGGAAGGCACGUUGUUGGCAGCGACAACUAGUGAUAAUGGUAUCAAAGUUUUAGCUAACAGCGAUGGUUUGCGCCUUAUAAGAAUGCUGGAGAGCAGGGCUAUUGAUAAAAACAGAAGCCCAUCUGAACCUAUCAACUCUAAGCCGCUUAUUGUUAAUGCACUAGGGCCAGUGGCGAAUGUUUCUUCUGGCAUUGGUCCUUCACUAGGCACAGAUAGAAUGCCACCUGCCAUGUCCAUUAGUACUCUUGGUUCAAUGGAUGCCAGUCGACUUGUUGAUGUUAAGCCACGGAUUUCAGAGGAAUUAGACAAGAUUAAGAGCUGGAAAAUUCCUGAUAUUGUUGAUCAAUCUCAAUUGAAAGCUCUACGUUUGUCUGAUACUGUAGCAACUGGCAAGAUUGUGCGGCUGAUUUAUACCAACUCUGGCCUAGCUCUUUUGGCCCUUGCCUCCAAUGCUGUUCACAAACUCUGGAAGUGGCAGCGCAGUGAAAGGAAUCCAUCUGGAAAGGCUACUGCAUAUGUUGCACCGCAGCUGUGGCAGCCUCCUAGUGGAACUCUCAUGACUAAUGACAUAAGUGAUAGUAAACCUGCUGAAGAAUCUGCUGCGUGCAUAGCUUUAUCUAAAAAUGACUCUUAUGUUAUGUCUGCUUCCGGUGGAAAAGUAUCCUUAUUCAACAUGAUGACCUUCAAGGUCAUGACAACAUUUAUGUCCCCGCCUCCUGCUGCCACUUUUUUAGCCUUUCAUCCUCAGGAUAAUAAUAUUAUUGCCAUCGGCAUGGAGGAUUCUUCAGUGCAAAUUUAUAAUGUCAGAGUUGACGAGGUCAAAACAAAACUGAAGGGCCACCAGAAUCGAAUAACCGGGCUCGCAUUUUCCCAAAGCUUAAAUGUGCUGGUCUCUUGCGGGGCUGAUACGCAGCUAUGUGUGUGGAGCAUCGAUGGGUGGGAGAAGAAGAAGUCCAGGUUUAUACAACCACCACCAGGUCGUCAAUCCCCUUUGACAGGUGAAACGAGAGUCCAAUUUCACAAUGAUCAAACACAUUUACUGGUUGUCCACGAAAGCCAAAUUGCAAUCUUUGACAGCAAGCUUGAAUGUGUUCGCUCUUGGUAUCCAAAGGACAGUCUUACAGCUCCCAUAUCAAGUGCAAUUUAUUCGAGUGAUGGUUCCCUGGUUUACGCUGGGUUUUGUGACGGUGCAGUCGGAGUUUUUGAUGCAGAUAGUUUGAGGGUCAGGUGCCGGAUAGCCUCUUCUGCUUACAUACCUUCUUCCGUAGCAGGCAACACUUCACAUCCUAUGGUUAUAGCAGCUCAUCCAUCUGAGCCUAAUCAGAUUGCUCUAGGCAUGAACGAUGGCUCUGUACACGUGAUUGAACCGUCUGACGUAGAGCUUAAAUGGGGCGGGCCAUCUUCUCAAGAGAACGGAUCGAUCCCUUCUACAUCAUCAAAUCCUUCUUUAAGCGGUCAACAAUCAGAGCACCCGUCGAGGUGAUGGUGGCAUAGAUAGGCCGGCAGUUCGUCUGCCAUUAGAAGUCGUGCACUUACAAUGUGUUUUACUGACCCUCUCGCAUUUUGCUCUAAUCAGUUAAAUUAAGUUAUGGCAUGUUGAUUCAUAUUCAUUGUAAAUUUCUGUCGCUCUCUUUACUCUCUUCUUGGGGCCAUUUGCUCCUUUAGACAUUGUAAGAGGAAAUUGUAUAAUUUUGUUUGUUUAUGAAAUGGUGGAAAAAUUAAGGCUAA